GUAAAAUUUAAAUGGUUGGACCUGAUAUUUAUUUUGAGUGAAAAACCAGUCAAUAGUUGUAAUUUUCGGGUGAAAUUUUCUUUCAACGCUUAGCUGAGACCCGUAUCCAAGCAUGGACGAAAAAUAGCAUUCGAUAUGGGAGAAAAAUGUCUGCUGCCUUGAAUGCUGAUGUAUGCAGACAAUUAAAAAUCGACGACGACGUAGUGCGGUUCAAUUAUUCACCUUAUUUGUCUCUGUGUAGGGAAAAAUAGCAGUUUUGUGCAGCAACCACGACCAACAACACCGAAAAUUGUGCGUGCGUUGAUUUUUUCCGCGACAAAAGAGACUUUUCCGAAUUUAUUUGGCACAAAAGUUGUGCAAAAACGAACUUUAACGCAAGAAAAAACGCAAAAAGUGCUGCAAAAUCAUGGAAUCCGUGGUCCAGUGUCCCGUUUGCACCCUUUUUCUGCAUCCUGGCAUGAGUUUGGAGGAUCACUUGAACACCCAUCCCAAGGAUCAAGUCAUUUUAGCACUGUCACAACUCACGUUACAACGCGCCAACAUCCUCAGCGGCACGCAAUUCAGUCCUCCAGCAUCAAAAUCGCCGUCGCCAACGACUCCAAGUGCUCCCGCAACGACGUCAAACACGCAAUCCGUAAUUCCCGCGCCAUCCACGGCUCCAGCAACCACAAACAGUAUUCCCGCAAGCGUCUCCGAAGUGAAUGGCAAUCAAUUUCCCUGCAAUUUCAGCAGAAAAUCUGAACCCACGGCACUUUUAAUACAAGUUCAGACCCCAAAUGCGGCAAGUUCAAGUGCUCGAACGUCUCCGCAACUGUUCCAAACGCAAGACACGGCGCCGAAAAACCUCAUGAUCAUCAAUCAGUAUCAACCGAAAGUUGCGACAUCGCCUCCGAAGCGUCCCCAAAUGACUCUUGCGUACUCAGAACCGCCAUCUCUCGUCCCGCGAUACACUUCCGAACGAUAUUCGGGCCCGCCGCCUCCUUAUAGCACGGCAAUUUCAUCAACUUCCUUCAAUAACUUCACCAGCAUCGCUCGGGAUCACUAUUUAAGCAACGAUAAUUCGAGUUCGAGUGAACAAUCCCGCUUCGAAGUGAAAGCCCAUUACAUGGAAAAGGAAGAUGGCAAUUUUGUCGUCACUGAACCGCCGCAAAAAAUUGUCGAAUACUCGGAAGAUGAGAAUGGGGUCUUGACAUUGUCGGAAAAAGUGAUAAAAUCUCCGCCGCGCCUCAUUUCGUGCAGCGGAUCUGACGACGAGUCGAUCCAAAAUGUGUCGGAACCCGUUCCAGCGGAUACUUUAUACGUCUCCGAACCGAUUUUAGUCGAAAAAGUCGACAAAAUGACGGUUGAAGCCUUGGAUGAGGUAACGCACACGCAGCCUGUGCCCGGAAAUAAGCGAAAAACAACAAAUGGACUGAAAGUUUUGAGUAACGUGAAAGUUACGCAGGACAUGAUCUCACCUGGGUUGCAGGAAAUCAUCAGAAACAACAAUCGCAAAGGCAGGAGAAUCAAUAAAAUAACGAAUAAAAGACCAACGGAGCUCAUGUCGCCUUCGCCUCCAUUAAGAAGUCCCCAACCAUCGACGAGUAACGUUCAUUGCGACGACGAAGUGAUGGAUUUGACCCAAAAUAGCGCUUCACACGUGGCAAUUGAUCUGCAUGCGCCCUCUACCAGUCGAUCCGCGAACUUACGAUACGAGAUCGAGACGCAUGUCGAAUACCAAAUGUCCGAUAUGCCGUCGGAAGAUGCGCUUGAACAAGCGGAAGUCAUGAACGACGAGGAUUUUCAACACGACGAAGAUAUUGAGGAAGUUCAUGAUUAUAUGUCGUCACCCCCGCCCCUUUCAUCGACCCCCACAAGCGUUAUACGGACAAUUAACGACGUCAAAUCGCCCGAACCUGAAUUAAUUAAGUCUGAAAAACCCUCGGAAACCUCACUGCCGCUCAUUAUGUCUCCGAAACCAUCGACGUCGUCUCAGGAUUCGCACUUGAAUGCCAAUAACCCUCCCCCAAAGGCGGGGGCAAACACAAAAAUUGGACAACCGAUCUUGCAAAAACCGAAAAAGCUGACGUUGAAGCUGAAAAAGACACUUCCAUGCCAAAAUGAGACUCAAACGCAGAUCAAAAUUGAGCCAGAAUCGACUGAAACGUCGCAGGAACCGAAAAUAUUCAAUGCGGUUAAGAUUAAAACCGAAAAAAUCGAUAAUUCGUUCGAGAUGUCGAAGGAAAAUGAAGACUUUGAAGUUCGGGAAGAGGAAAAAUCCGUGAAAAACGUCGAUAUUGCUGAAGCUGGACCGAGUCACGCAUCAGAAAAUACCAUUUCCAGUAGUUUUACGAUAACCUACAUGGAAGAAGAAGGCGAAAUUGCGGCGCCCCCGGAAGAUUUAGAUGAAAUUGAUGAAGAAGAUGAAGCGCCAAACGCUUCAAAUGACGAAAAAAUGCAAUAUUAUCCCGUAAUGUACAUUCAACAGCAGCAGCAGCAGCAACAAAAUCAACAAUCGCAAGAAAAUCCCGCGCCCCUUUCUUGGGUUCAGAGAUUCAGUCCGCAAUACGUUCCCUUUGAUGAACGCAGUUCCUAUAUGGAAAUGGAUGGAAGUUAUAGCAAAAAUUCAAAUUCUGUGAGUUUAACGAGUGAAGGUGACACGCGAAACGGGCAAAGUAGUAAUUCCUUCGAUGAAAGGGCUCCGUCGGCAGAUAGUUGUUUGAAUAUUAGGACUGAUGAGAAAAUGCCCGCAAAAGGGGAAAUUAGUGAGCAGGAGAGUAAUGGAGAGAUCGAUUCGUGGAAUCAAGUGUAUCAAGAUCCGAUUCAGCAAUAUCCAAGUUCGUAUGAUGUCUCGACGGCGCAAGAAUGUUGGAAUUUGAGCAAUAAUAAGCCGGAGUUUUUGCAGCAGCAGCAACAGCAAUCGCAGCAAUUUGCUACUUUCCCACCAUUGCAACAAAUCGAUAGCAGUCGAAAUGUCUUACCGUUCAUACCAAAGGAGGAAAAGCCCGACUUAGACAUCGACAAAGUUGAAGCGAGUCCCGCAACGACAGUCAAGCCUAAACGUCCCCGCACCUACCGCUGCCCGGAUUGCGUCAAAUGCUUCACAUCGCUCAAACAACGACGUCUCCAUCUCAUUUCCGAGCAUCAGUUCAACGAAGGCUCCUCACAUUUCACCUCGAAACCCUCAUCGUCGAAUGCCGUGCCCGAUAUCAACUUGGAAGCGGGUUGCAGUAGCAGCACAAGUCACCAAAUCGGCGGCUUAUCAAUUCUGAACAGCGACAAUUUAACAGGCCUCACCCAGAUCGUCAGCAAUUUCGAGAUUGUGAAGCAAGAACAUGCGGCAUCGACGGGUUUCGGACUCGAAAUGGAAGAUAUCAAGCCGUUUGUCGUGACGCCGUCGCAAAUUAACGAAGAGAUUUUCCAUGCGGUGCGUGUCGAGAACAAAAAAAUGCUGAUAACGUACAAAUGUAGCACGUGUCGCGAGGAUUUCAAGAACCUCAAGACGUUCAACAAGCAUUUUACGGUGCAUCCGGCGGAAUGUGCGAUUUGCGGCAAGAGUUUUAGUCGAUGGGCGACAUUCGCGUUGCAUCUGAAACGGCAUUACAACAUCCGGGACUUCCAGUGUCGCAUUUGUCAGAAGAGUUUCAUCUUGCGACAAAAGCUCGUCGAGCAUAUGCGAGUUCAUACGGGCGUUGCGCCGAUCCAAUGCAACAUUUGUCACGCCCGUUUCCGUCGUUAUUCGAAUUUGGCGCAACAUCGGAAUCGACAUCACUUGAAUAAACGCCCGUACCGCAAGGAUUACGUUUGCGAAUGCGGCGAAACGUUCGUGUCUCAGGCGAAACUCGACUGGCAUCGCGAAACGCACGAAGAUAAACCCAAAGUUUGUCCCUUUUGUCGCGAACGUUUCGUGCACAAGAACAGUUUGACGCGUCACGUGCGUCUUUCGCAUCCCGACAAAUACAUUCUGCUCAAGAACAAAACUGUCACGUGUCCCUAUUGCGACAAAAAGUACCUCCAGACGAGCUUAAAGGCGCAUUUGGAGACACAUUCGAAGGAGAAGAAUCAGUACUCGUGCACGAUUUGCAACAAGGAGUUUAGCACAAAAUGGAAUCUGAAGCAGCAUCAUUGGACGCAUGCCAAUCGCUCGAGCAAGCCGUUCCAGUGCAACGUUUGUCCGAAUGCCUUUGUGCGCGAAAACGACUACAUCACACACAUGAACGCGCACAAAUCCAUCAGACCGUACACCUGUAACCAUUGUGGAUGUCAAUUUGUGCGGAAGUCGAACUGGAUGCGACACACGAGGGAACACGAACAAGACAAGAACUACACUUGUGAACUGUGCAAUAAGAAAUUCCACCGAGCUUACUAUUUGACGGAACAUAGGAGGGUGCAUACAGGUGAACGCCCAUUUUCGUGCAAUAUCUGCGGCAAGACUUCAGCAACAAAAACGAAUCACAACAAACACAUCAAGAUUCAUCACGCACGCGAUCCACUCACAGCUGAAGGUUAAUUUUCCUCUUCUUGAAUUUUUUUUAUGGAACUCUUUCAUUUUUUUAAACAAUAAAUUUCCUUGAAAGAGCAACUUUUUAAAAUUAAGAAAGAAAAUCGGAGAUAGUUUCCAAUUCAAAACAAAAAAAUUGGUAGACAAAAAUUAUCAAACAAUCAUUCAAUCGUUGAUAUCCAAGGUGAAUUAAACAAAAAAAAUAAUAUUAAUCAUAUUUGUAAUCAACUUGAAAUAAAAUAAAUUUAAACUAAAAAUAAUUGAAUAAACACAUCAAUAAUAAAU